AUGCCCCAUCGAAGGAAAUCAAUUGGCUUUAUUAGUUGCUUUAAUAAAGAUUGUAAAGCUAAUAGAAUUUACUGUCACUAAUGUCUAUAAUAAGGAGAUCAUGUAUCUCAUCCAAAAGAUUAAUACAGCAUAGAUUACUUAUAGAAUUAACUCUUUAAAAUUACACAUGAUUGUGAUAAGUUAAUAAAUGAAUUGAGUUUGAUGAUUAGGGAGAUUGUUACAUAAUCUGUUAGAUUAUUUUAAGGAUUUAAAACAAAAUAUUAAAUAUCUAUAGAGAGACUGAUGCAUUUAGAUUAAGAGCAAAUGAAUGAGGUUCUAUAAUAAAUAGUGAAAUAUGAUGAAAUUAAAAAUGAUAUUCUGAAGGAGGUCAAAGAUUGUUAAUAGAAUAUGGUCAACUUGUUGUAGGAAAAAAUUUUAGUACUCAAACUAUAAGAAUUUAAUCAAUGCGAGAUAACUAAAUGGGAAUAAUAAGAUGUCUAAAUAAUAAAUUAAAAAGACCAUCAAAUAAUUAAUGCAGAUCGUGAAAAUGAUAACUAUGAUGCAGUCAUAAAAUUAUUAGAUAACAAAUUAUUUAUUAAUUAGAAUUACUAAUAAUCAUUACUUAUAAAAGCGCUGUUUUUAAGAUUAAUUGGAAAUCACCAUGAUGCAAUAAUAUAAAUUGAUAAAGUUUUAUCUAUUGAUCCAAAAAAUAUAGAAGCACUAUGCGCUAAAGCUUACUGUUUAGCAAUGCUUGGAAAUUACAAUGACUCAAUAAUAUAUGCUGAUAAAGCUCUAUCAAACUAUUCAGGGCAUGUUGAAUCAUUAUUUGUAAAAGGUACAAAAUCUUAAAUUAAAAUUUUAGCUAAAGUUUUAGGAUUUCUUGAAAAAUACAAUAAGGCAAUUUAAUAUAUUGAUAAUGUUUCGUCUAUCAGUUCAAAGCAUGUUGAAUCCAUAUGUUUAAAAGCUUAUUAUUUAGGAAUACUUGGCGAUUACAAUAAUUCAAUCAAAUAAGCAGAAAAUGCAUUGUCUAUAUAUGCCGAGCAUGUGGAGUCAUUAUCUACAAAAUCUCGUAGUUUAAGAAUGCUUGAAAAGUACUAAGAAGCAAUCUAAUGGGCUGAUUAAGCUAUAUCUAUUAAUUCAAAGCACGUCGAAUCAAUAUGUUCAAAAGCAUAAAGUUUAAUAAUGCUUAGUUGUUAUGAUGAUGCACUAAUUUGGGUUGAGAAAACUUUGAUGAUAAAUCCAAAUCAUGUCAAAUCAUUAUUCAUAAAAUGUAUAAGGGUUUUUGAUAUUAAAGCUAAAUGUUUAUUGAAGCUUGAGAAAUACUAAGACGCAUUCUAACAGGUCGAGAAAGCUUUGAGUUUAAAUUCAUUGCAUAUUGAUUCAUUAAGUACAAAAGCAUGCAUUUUAAGAAUGCUUAAAGAUUAUUAAGAAGCAAUUUUAUGGGCUGAUUAAGCUCUUUUUCUUGAUUCAAAACAUAUUGAAUCAUUAUUUAUAAAAGGUUUAAAAUAACAUAAAUAUAAAUUAGCUCUAAGCUUAUUAAGGCUUGGAAAAUACAAUGAGGCAAUCAAAACUGCUGAUAAAAUUUUAUACUUAAACUCAAAGCAUAUUGAAUCAAUGUGUAUUAAAUCUGAGAGUUUAAUGCAUAUUUCGAAUUUCAAAAAGGCAAUUAAAUGGGCCGAUAAAGCUUUAUAUAUAAAUGAGAAUCAUAAAGAAUCACUGCUUUUAAAAGGUAUACUGUAAGUGAUAAAUGCAUUAGCUUAGAGUUUAGGAUUACUUGGAAAUUAUAAUGAUGCUCUUAAAUGGGUAGGUAAAGCUUUAUCAAUAAGUCCAAAUGAUUUAGAUUCGUUAUAUUUAAAAGGCAUUUUCUUUUUAACUUAUUUAGGUAAUUCAUUAAGAUUUUUGGGUUAAUUUAAUGAAGCUCUUCAAGCUUUUGACUAAGCUUUAUAGAUUUAACCAAAUGAUGAAGCAUUUUUACGCAGCAAAGGGUAUAGUUUACAGAAAUUAUAAAAGGAUGAGUAGGCUAUAUUUUAUUUCGUUUAAGCAAUUUAGCAUGUUCCAAAUAGUGAAAGUGUUUAUAGUAAAGAAGACACUUUAAAUAAAAGGAGGAAUUGA